GACGCAGCUCAGGUAAAGGCAGAGACUAGACACUCACACUCACACACACACACACUCUCGCUCUUACACACACUCGCUGAGAGGUCUGCGCAGCGGCUCACACACACCUGAGUGGAUUACUUGGCUACAACUUGACCUCUUGACCCUGAGUGGACCUGUACUUCUCACCUGCACCUAUACCUGCACAGGCAGACAGAUCUGCAAUGGCUUCGAGUGAGCUGAGUCACAUCCUCAACAACGCCAAUGCUAACCUGUACCCAUCCGAGUCCCAGCCCACACUCACCACUAUGAUGGUUUCCAGUAUGAUCCGCAGCCCCCAUCUCCUGGACUUCUCCAGCAGCACAGCAUCACAUGGUCUUUGGCACCAGGUGAACCCACAGUACUGGACCAAGAGGAACGUCCUGGACUGGAUCGAGUUCCACGUGGAGGACAGCAAAUUUGACGCCAGGUUGCUGAACAUGGAGUUCUGCAACAUGGAUGGAACCGUGCUGUGCCAGCUCAGCCGAGAAACCAUGACCGGCAUGUUUGGCCUGGGGUUCGGAGAGCGUCUCUACCAGAGCCUGGAAGUGCUCAAAGCCAGACAUGUGGACGAUCUCACGCAGAACUGCACUCUGAAUGAGACCUACGAGCUUCUGGACGACUUCCUGCUGGGGUUUCCUCAGGGUCUCGGUCUGCUGGACACCGUGGUCGUUAAUAAUGCACCCAUAGAUAAGAAGGAGACUCCAGACUUCGGCUACUACAGCGACUACAAGACCCAGCUGACGCCGGGCAGCGACAACGGCUACGACUCUUAUUCCGAGAGUCUCCAGAGCUCCACCACAGGCAGUUUUCUGAACCCGAGUUCUCCAGAAUCCACCAUGAGCGACUCUGAUCCAGAGUAUUACCCCAUCCCAUCAAAGAGCUUUAUAAAGCAGGAGCCUUUGGAGAGGAAGAAGAGAGGAAGGCCUCCUAAACUCAGCCGCGGCUCCGAACACUUUGUGGAGACCAAGAAAAACAAACACUCUCCUCGCGGUACACACCUGUGGGAAUUCAUCCGGGACAUCCUGAUCCACCCGGAGAAGAACCAGGGCCUGAUGAAGUGGGAGGACCGCAGAGACGGCAUCUUCAAGUUCCUGAAGUCGGAGGCGGUGGCUCAGCUCUGGGGCCAGAAGAAGAAGAACAGCAGCAUGACGUACGAGAAGCUCAGCAGAGCCAUGAGGUACUACUAUAAAAGAGAAAUCCUGGAACGUGUGGACGGACGAAGACUCGUCUACAAGUUCGGGAAGAACUCGAGCGGCUGGAAGCCGGAGGAGGUCGGUAUGUGAAGGGGAGGUGAUGGAGGGAUUCAGGAGGAAACUGACGGAGGAAGAGCUGCAGAUUCGGACGGACAGAACGCUCCCUCUCGCACUUGAACGUAAAAGCUGGAGACUCCUACCAUGAAGGACAUUAAAGCUGAGACGGCGUUCUAGUCUGAAGGACCUUUUUCUUUUUGUACAGAGACAGAAACUUCCCGAAUGUGGGGAAGAGAGACAUACAGACAAACUGUAAGCCACGUUUGGCUAAAGUAGGUUUUAUGAACCAAUAAUAAUGUUAAUAAUAUUAAUUGUAAUAUUACUCUUAUGGUGUAAUUCUUUUUUUUAUUUCUGACUGGCUCUUUUCUCUCUGGUCCAUUGGGCACGCUGGCGUGACCCAAAUCAAAAGUCUCCAGUUCUGGAUAGAGGUGUGGAUUUAUACCAAAAUACCGCGAAUACGAUUUAUGUUUACUGAAAGUAAGCGACCGUUUCGGAAACGGACGUAUUCUGAGAUCUUCUGAGAUCCUGCACCGCUCCAGAGUAACUUCAGAAACUUCAGAGACUUCAGACUUUAGAGGUUGAUGUAUAAAAUUGUCUUUUUAAAGUUGUCGUCGUUUUGUUGAAUUUUUAUUUUACGAAAUUUGACCACACUGCUGUAAUUCAUAUCGCACUUCGUCUUGAUUUUGAUUCUCAUUUUUCCUUAUGGGGUUCCACAGGGUUCUGUGUUAGGUCCUUUGCUGUUUUCUUAGUACAUCUUAUUAUGAGUCUUUGUACGGUACAUGUUACAAUCCUUAACAGGGGAUUUUUUUGAGGGUUUUUUAGUAAAGACAAGACAAGAAAGACAAGAAACUCACUCCUGUUACUUUUUAUGUUUAGAGUAACAGGAAAAAAAAGUAACAGGAAUUAGCAAAAACAUGAAAAAUAUCUAAAUGGCGGCUAUGCUAUGCUUGAGGACACUGAGCACAUUAUAGUUAUUUUCCCAAAAUUUGUAUUUUAAGAUCUAAGAAUUAAUAUACAGAAAAACUAAUGAAGAAAAGGAUUUUCUAAAACUCAUUGCAGUUCAAAAUCCUGUUACAGUACCACAGCAACCCCCUCAGAACCCCAAAAGGAACAAGCUCUGCUCUGAUGAGGAUUUUACGAAAUUAAAGUAAAACUCUCAGCUUUACUCAUUAUACACACUUACUUUUAUACAGAACACUCUUUUAUUAAUGAACGAGGUUAUUCAGCGUAUUCUCUGCUCUGCCUUGGUGUCAACAAUCAGUUGAAAAAAAAUCUGGAUUAUUAUUUGUAUUAUUUUGUGUGUGUGGGGGGGGUUUAAUUCUGUGUUAUUCUGUUCAGCUGGACUGUGAUUUAAUCACAAAUUCUGUAUGAGAAUUUCUUCUCAAAUCGUAUCACUAAAGAGACAUUUAUUACUAUGUACAACAUAUUGUGUGUUUUUUUUAAAGAAGAAUUUUCUAUAAAAUAAAGUUCUUGAUAUCAUA